GUGAGACGCGGACCCUGGCGGGGAGACGCCUUGAACCGAUGGGCUCGGCCGUCUGGGUCCUGCUGGCCCUGCUGGCGCCUGGCCCGCUGUGGGGCUGUCGGAACAACCUCACCGUCUCCUCCAACCGGACGUCCCCCUCAGCCCUGACCCUCCGCUGCCAGCGCUGCCCCCUGCUGGCUGGCUCGGCCUCCUUCCGCUGGUUCCUCAACUCCCAGCCCCUGGGCAACCCAGGCUGGGCUACCAAGAGCCAGCUGGGGGCUACCGUGAGGCUGGACCCGUCCCGGCGCGGGGCCUGGGGGCGCUGGGAAUGUCACCUCAUUGGCACCUCCUCUCGGGGCUUUGAGUUCUGCCUGGAGCCCCCCCUCGGGGCAGGGGGAGCAGGCCCCAGCUCUGAGUGGGGGAUCUGGGUUGUGGCGGCGGUUCUGGGUCUGAUCGGCGCAGGGCUGGGCGCUUGGCAUCUCUGGAGGUGGAGACGGAUAUGGGGCAGGAACCGACGGAAUCAAAACAGAAAAGAGAACAAAACAGGAGCCCCGGGGCACCGUUUAUGCCCCUUGGAAGAGCCACGGCUUGGAGCCAAAUCGACCGAAAGACGCCUUGUGCCCCAGAGUCGGGAAAGAAAAGUCCCAGGCACCCUGCUUUAUGCUGAAGUCCAGCACCCACUGGUGGCUCGAGCCCCAGCUCCUCCCCCACACGGUGCCACGGUCUAUGCCACUAUUGUCUGACCCCCCACCCGCCCUGGCUCCGCUCCCCUCUCCUCUCCACCCCCUUCAUGAGUUGCAUUCACACCCCUGGCUCCCAGGUGAUGGGAAAUUCAGCUGGAAGAUGCUGGAAAUCUCUGUUAAAAUCCUGUGGUGGGGAGUUCCGCAGGUUAACAGAUUGUGGCAUUAAAAUCUGCCUUUGAA